CUUACUCUCUCCAAGAAACAGAGAGCUUCUCUUCUUCUUCGUCUCCAAAAUUCAUAAUCAAUCUCUCUUCCCCCAAAGAUGCGUCCUUUAGACGAGACCGAGACGACCGUCGUCUUCGAGAAGCUCUUCAAAUUCGUCGGCAACAACCUCAAGAAGAUUGUCGAGAACCCAUCAGACGAAGGACCCGAAUCAACACCAGGGAGUUACUGCUUCCGCCUCCAGAAGAACAGAGUCUACUACGUCAGCGAAGCGCUCGUGAAGCGAGCCACGAACAUCUCCAGGAAGAACCUUGUCUCUCUCGGGACCUGCAUCGGCAAGUACACUCACGCCGGUAGUUUCCAUCUGACGAUUAUGUCGCUCAAUAUAUUGGCGGCGAAUGCUAAGCACAAGGUAUGGCUCAAACCCACUUCGGAAAUGUCGUUUCUUUACGGGAACCAUGUGUUGAAAGGAGGGCUAGGGAGGAUUACUGAUAGUAUUGUUCCUGGAGAUGGAGUUGUUGUGUUCUCCAUGUCUGAUGUUCCCUUAGGGUUUGGGAUUGCGGCCAAGAGUACACAGGAUUGUAGGAAAUUGGAUCCCAAUGGUAUUGUUGUGCUUCAUCAGGCUGAUAUUGGAGAGUAUUUGAGGGAUGAAGAUGAGCUUUGAGAGUUUAAACUUUGUUGGGGAGGUUUCUUUUAUGUUUAUGUAAGUGGGUCUUAGCCAUUUUAGCUCGAUUCUGCUUGUUUUAAGGUUUAAGGUAUGUAGCUGUUACAAGUUUUGUUGAACAUGGUGGUGCUGGAUCUAUGAAAGUCUCGAUUUUUAUGAUUCUGUUUUGAGAUGUUGUUAUGCGACUGUUUGGUUAUGUAAACGCUCAGCUCUUACACACAUACGCUAAUUUUCAAAUGUGUAAUCUGAUGAUUAAGAUAUGUGUUUGAAACUGCUUA